AUGGCAUCCAUUAUUCGCUCACUACGACCUUUGUCGCGUACUCCAGUCCGCCUGGCGGGCAGACGACUAGCUCCCAGCCGCCCUAUCCAGAGUGCCUAUGCCUUCUCGACCACCCCGCGUCGACGGGACGACUCCGAGCUCACGCCCACCCCGAUCACCCACUUGUCCGACACCGAAGCCAUGAUGUCCGAGAUGGUCUCGAAAUUCGCGCAGGAGCAAAUCGGCCCCAAGGUGCGCGAUAUGGACGAGGCCGAGACCAUGGAUACCAAGAUCGUCGAACAACUUUUCGAGCAGGGAAUCAUGGGCAUCGAGGUGCCGGAGGAGUUUGGCGGGGCGGGCAUGAACUUCACCGCGGCCAUUGUCGCCAUUGAGGAGCUGGCCCGCGUCGACCCCAGUGUGAGUGUGCUGGCGGAUGUGCACAACACCCUGGUCAACACGGCGAUAAUGAAGUACGGUGACGCGCAGGCCCACCGCACGUGGCUCCCCAAGCUCACCACCGGCACGGUCGGCUCCUUCUGUCUGUCCGAGCCGGCGUCCGGCUCGGAUGCCUUUGCCCUCCAGACCAAGGCGGAGAAGACCGCCGACGGAUACAAGAUCAAUGGAUCGAAGAUGUGGAUCACCAACUCGAUGGAGGCCGGCAUCUUCAUCGUGUUCGCCAACAUCGACCCCAGCAAGGGCUACAAGGGCAUCACGGCCUUCAUUGUGGAGAAGGAUACCCCUGGCUUCUCGAUCGCGAAGAAGGAGAAGAAGCUUGGCAUUCGCGCCAGCAGCACGUGUGUGCUGAACUUUGACGACUGCGUCAUCCCCAAGAGCAACUUGCUCGGCGAGGAGGGCCAAGGCUACAAGUACGCGAUCAGUGUCCUGAACGAGGGCCGUAUUGGUAUUGCUGCCCAGAUGACCGGUCUGGCUCUUGGCGCUUGGGAGAACGCUGCCCGAUACGUGUGGAACGACCGUCGCCAGUUCGGCGAGCUCAUUGGUAACUUCCAGGGCAUGCAGCACCAGAUUGCGCAGGCGUAUACCGAGAUCGCAGCCGCCCGCGCUUUGGUGUACAAUGCCGCCCGCAAGAAGGAGGCUGGCCAGGACUUUGUGCAAGACGCUGCCAUGGCCAAGCUUUACGCCUCCCAGGUGGCCGGCCGUGUCUCCAGCUCUGCGGUUGAGUGGAUGGGUGGCAUGGGCUUUGUCCGGGAGGGCAUCGCCGAGAAGAUGUUCCGCGACAGCAAGAUCGGUGCGAUCUACGAGGGAACCAGCAACAUCCAGCUGACGACUAUCGCCAAGCUUCUCCAGAAGCAAUACACACAAUAG